CACGGAAACACACAUUCGCGUUUUGCCGACACAAAAUCGCUUGUGCGAAAGGAAAAAAGGCAUCCUUGUGUGGUAAUCCUGAGGUUCUGUGAUAAAGCUGGCCCGCUUUCUACCAUCUUCCUAGCGCAUAUUCAUAAACGAAGUUUUCGUACGCAACCAAACCGUGUUGUUUAGCAGCAGCGGAGGUUGCGGUAUCGAACCGGGACUUAGAAUUUGUGCAUCGUUGAUCGAGAACCGUGACAGGGUAUGGUCAUGUCCCUGCGGAGGUGCUGAAACGAAAACGGUAGAAAGAAACACCGUGCGAGCCGCUUAUUUAAUCGGUUUCUUCAAGAAAAAGAUUAUCCAUCAAACGUCCAUCACGCACCAUUCGUAGCAGAGCGUGUCUACUACCCUGUUUCUGUUCGCAAAACAGCCUCACCAAAGGCGGUUGUGUUGUAAACAAUGGCCUCCCCGCUAGAGUAUUAUGUUAAUUUUGUUCGUACACAGAGCAGUGCAGGUAACUUUCGCGAACUGGUGGUAUAUUUAAUCGAUUCGGUCGAGCUGGUGACGAAGAAUGGCAACAUCCUGGACAAUGUAAUGGAAACGUUAGAUAUUCAGCAGCACUCGUUGGGCUACCUGUUCGUGCUAUCGGCGAAGUUUAACGAUUCGAGUAACGUCGACGACACAGAUAACGUUCUACGGAGUGUGCGGGAAUUCAUCACCUCCUGCGAUGCCGAACAAGUUCGAUUUGCACCACAAGUUUAUUACGAACUCUGCCAUCAUCUGACGACGGCGCUGGUAAAAAACAAACAACACAUCAUCCAGGGCAUACACGUGCUCGUGCUAGCGCUGGAGAAGAUACGUCUGUUCAACAACCAGCUAACACCCAUCCAUGCCGACCUAUGUCAGCUGUGCCUGUGUGCGAAGGUGUUCAAUCCGGCGAUACGCUUGCUGGACUACGACAUUGCCGCGAUCGCCACCACCGAUGAUAACUACGCGGACACGAAGUACUUCCUGCUGUACUAUUACUACGGUGGCAUGAUCUACACGGCGGUGAAGAACUACGAGCGGGCGCUGUACUUUUUCGAGGUGGCCGUCUCGACACCUGCCCUUGCGAUGUCGCACAUUAUGCUCGAAUCGUACAAGAAGUACAUUCUGGUGUCGCUCAUUCUGCACGGCAAGGUGCUACCAAUACCGAAGUACUCGUCGCAGGUUAUUACCCGGUUUAUGAAGCCGCUCAGCCACGCGUACCACGAUCUGUCCAGCGCGUACAACACCUCGUCGCCGGAUGAGGUACGAAACGUAGUGAACAAGUUUCGCGACUCGUUCCAGCGGGACACGAACAUGGGUUUGGUGAAGCAGGUCGUCGCAUCGCUGUAUAAGAAGAACAUUCAGCGAUUGACGAAAACGUUCCUCACGCUGUCGCUGGCCGAUGUGGCCAGUCGUGUGCAGCUGAGUGGGCCGGCCGAAGCGGAGAAAUAUAUUCUCAAUAUGAUCAAAUCUGGUGAGAUAUUUGCCACCAUCAAUCAAAAGGAUGGUAUGGUCGUGUUCAAGGAUGAUCCACAGGAGUACAACGACCAGGAGGUGUUCGAAAUGGUGCAGCAUCAAAUAGGCUUAGUGAUGGGGCUGAACAAGCAAAUUCUUAAGAUGGACGAAGAGAUAAUGCUCAACCCAGUGUUUGUUAAAAAAUCGUUUGGCAACCAAGAAGACGACGGAAUCGGUUGCAAUUCGAAGGUUUAUAGUAGUGAUCCAACGGAAUAAAUUGUUGAUUAUGUAAAAAAGAAAUCCCCAGCAUAAGGAGAUAAUGGCAUCCAUGUACGAAGGGCACGAACAACGGCAGGAACAGGAAUGGCACGAAUCCCAACGAAUCGAACUGAUAAACUUAAAAAAGGCCGAUAAGAAAGAGGACGCAAAAGAAAAACGAUUUUCACAGAGGCAUGCUGGGAAUUGUUGCAAAAGUUUCGCCAGUUUUUUUUAAGUAAAGUCAUUAGCUCCACAUUACGUUCGGUUUUCUUCACCCCCAAAGCGGAUCAUUGGUUUCGAGGCAAUAGGCAUACACACGCAAAGAGAUGAACAAUGGAACAGGAAAACAGAAAGCGUCCGGUUUUGGUUGUCAUCCUGUCCUUCUCGGUGCCUCUGCAGGGGGUCACCUGUGGAGUAAAGAAGUUUCCGACAGAAGUGUUGAUACAGAAGAUGUGAAGUAAUCGAUCGAUGUAAUAAAAUGAAGACCGGAUCUGA